CGAAAGCACUACCGAAGAAGAAAGAGGCGGAAGCGUGCAGAAAGAAGAGCGAGACAAACAAACUAACAAUAGCUACCAGAGAAAGACUAACUAACUAACAACAGCUACCAGAGAAAGACUAAUUAACUAACAACAGCUACCAAAGAAAGACUAACUAUCUAACAAUAGCUAACCCUAAGGAAGGCUAACUAACUAACAAUAGCUACCAGAGAAGUACUAACGAACAAUAGCUACCAGAGGAAGACUAACUAACAGUAGUUACCAGAUAAAUACUAACUAACUAACUAACUAACUAACUAACUAACUAACUAACUAACUAACUAACUAACUAACUAACUAACUAACUAACUAACUAACUCUAGAUACCAGAGAAAUACUAACUGACAAUAGUUACCAGAGAAAUACUAACUAACAAUAGCUACCAGAGAAAGACAAAGUAACUAACAAUAGGGACAACAGGGAAAAGUAAAGUAAGAAUAGUAGUGGUCGCUGGGAAGAAGAGAAGAUGCUAGAAGAGUUGGUGAAGGAGCGUCUGAUGGCGGCUGCAGAUGACAUCCUAGCGCUGUUUGCUAGAACCAUCGCGUCUUACGAGGACCAACUCAGUCGCAGCAGAGAGGAGAAGAAGGAGCGACAUGGCUUGGAAGAGCUCUGCAGAGCUGGCCUUGUGUUGAACAAUGAAGAUCGAUGUCCUCAAAGGGAGAGCUCCACCCUGGAGCAGCAGGAGCCACAUUCCCCUCACAUGAAGGAGGAAGAGGAGUGGAGCACUCAGGAGGAGGCUGAUGUCACUGAGUGGAGCGUUGUGUGUGUGAAGGAAGAAGAGUCCUUACAGUUUCAUGGCAGUGAGGAGACCAGGGAGGCGGAGCUUCCAGGAGCAGACACCCUGUGGUCCCACCCCCCUGAGGACCAGCACACUCAACGAGUAGGAGCGGAGGUGGAAAGUGAUGUCCAGAAAGGUUGUGGCGGGAAGCGAGUGACUUGUUCUGUUUGUGCUCAGAGUUUCUCCAAGAAAAACAGUCUGACCCAACACAUGCGCACGCACACAGGGGAGAAACCUUUCAGCUGCUCCGUUUGCCACGAACGCUUUGCUCGGAAGCCCUACUUGGUCACGCACAUGAGGACGCACACGGGAGAGAAACCCUUCAGCUGCCCCGUCUGCGGCCGCAGGUUCUCUCAGCAGGGAGCCAUCAUCUUUCACAUGCGCACGCACACGGGAGAGAAACCCUUCAGCUGUUUGGUUUGUGGCGAACGCUUCGCUCGGAAGUCCAACAUGGCGUCGCACAGGCGAACCCACUCGGGAGAAAAACUCUUCAGCUGUUCGCUGUGUGGGAAACACUUCUCUCACCAGUCCCACAUGGCAAAGCACCUGGAGAAACACCACUGAAAGAAACCUUUUAGCUGCUCAGCUUCACAAAAUGGUGCUGUUUGGAUGUCCCAUUAAAGACCAUUAGAGAUCAUUCCAAGGAAGAAGUCUGUGAGAGUCACGGAAUUCAAGAAAGAAAUCCUGACUUCUUGUCACAAUGUGUGUCGUGUCAGUGUGUACUUUACUGCUAGUGAAAAGUGUCUCAUGCUUCAAAGGAACAGAGUUCAACUUUCGUCUUGGCUGCACGGUCCUCCAGAGGAAUCUUGAAGCAACCACCUUGCCAUGUCGCAGCCAGGGACCAUAAUCCAUAUUAAAAAGCGUUUGUUUUUGAGCCGGUGACAAAAAAAAGGUCGGGACUGAGGCCAAGGGAAAAACGUGUGAAAGAGGGAAACAUCAAAGAAAACAAAGGACAUUAAAGACAUUAGAAGAGCAGAGCUGAUGCAACCAGCCUCUUCUUCAUAAAGCUAUGAAUACAAAGUAAAGUAAACAUACGUACUGUGGUGGCCGCAGCUACAACUCUAGAUCUUGUCAAUUUUGUUGAGAGGCCAGUUGAUCAAUUGUGUUGUUGACAUCCUGGAGAGCAGUACAAACAGGAAGUGAAACAAGACAAAGGCAAGCAUAAGAGUGGGUCUCAUCUCUCACGGUGUUUUACACAGGGCUAGCAGCUAACGUCCACCUGCAGUGAUUUAGCUACUUCUAAAUCACUAAUCCUGGCCACCAUGGUGACAAAUAAAAUAAAGUUUCUUACAAGUAUUAUUAUCACUGGAGGAUGAGGAAUAGCUAAACAUGUGUCACAACACAUUGUAGGAGGAUACAAUAGCUCGCCACUAACAGCAAGCUAGCGCUCCUCAAUGUAAACAAAUGGGUGGAUCUACACAAAUAUCCACUAAUGAUACCAACUACAAGAGCUGUAUUUAGUCGAUACUACUAUGAUUAUAAUUAUAUUUUUAUAUUAUGUUUAUUUUGUCAAAUUGUUAUUGUUAAUAAAGUCAGUAUAUAUGUCCCUGGA